AGUCAGGCACUUUCCCAGUCCUGGGGGUACACUGGUAGACAACAAAAAUAGACAAACCCCCAAACCCUGUUCCCAUUGAACGUGCCGGGAGGCCAGUGUUUUAGGUGGGGAUGGUCACAGAGAGGUAUUGGGUGGGAAACAUCACACACAGGGACUUCCAGGCUGUUUUAAAUACUUUGGCCUUGAGGGAGGCAGGGACCACUGGGGAGGAGACACUCAAAGGAGAUGGGCUCUCUGACUUAUCUUUGAGGGGACCAACCUGGCUCGUGUGCAGGGGAUACAUGGGGUGGGGGCAGGGCCGAGGGUAGAAGCAAGGACAGGCUAGGAGGCUGUUGUCCUGGUCCAGUGAGAGCUGAGAGGGCUCGGAGCAGGUGCAGGAGGCUGUGCAGGGGCUGGCGAGAGUCAGCUGGGCCUCAAAGGCUGUUUGAGGCCCCGGCAGGCGACAACAGGUUGAUAACAUGCACAACGAGAAACUGGCGGUCUGUCCAAGAAACGGUGCUCUGCGCGGGGUGACGGGUGGCGUUGGGGUGAGGAGGGAGAGCUAAGGGAUGAGCUCAGGCUGGAGCCGGCCUUGGUGACCAGAUUACAGAGUCUGAGCUUUCCUCUCUAUCUGAACUUUCCUCUUUAUCUGACCUUGAGCCAGCAAAUGUUUUGAACACGGGAGCUGCAGGCUCAGAUGAGCGCUUUGAGCUCUGGUGGCCGGAGGGAGGAGGAGGUGGCAGAGGCAGAGGCUGAAAUCCGAGACACAGUGGUCCAGGGAAGAAACAGCAAGGGCUCCCACCUGGGCAGUGCGUGGAAGGGGCGAGGAGGAUGAGCGACAUCUCACUUGUGCCGCAGCAGGUGUGCUGGCUGCUUAGCCGUGGAGCCUUCCGGAGUAGGAGCUGAAUCUUAGUGGAAGCUUCCUUGAGAAGAUGCCCUCCUCAUUGACAAUGGUCUUCCUGUUCAUCUUUUGCCUGGAGUCAUUGGCUGCAAUGCUGCAGAAUGGCUUCAUGGUCACUGUGCUGGGCAGGCAGUGGGUGCGGCGCCAGGCACUGUCCACAGGCGACACGAUUGUGGCCUGCAUAGCCACCACCCGGUUCUGUGUGCACGGGGUAGCCAUGCUGAACGGCCUCCUGAGCUCCUUUGAUUUUUGUUUCUUGUUGCUUAACAUCUUCUGGGACUUCCUCAAUGUCUUCAGUUUCUGGCUUACAGCCUGGCUUGCUGUCUUCUACUGUGUCAAGAUCUCAUCCUUCUCCCACCCCACCUUCUUCUGGCUGAAGUGGAGGAUUUCUCGGGCAGUGCACAGGCUGAUGCUGGGCUCCCUGAUCAUCUGCAGCCUCACGGCCAUCUCCUCGGUGUUUGGAAAUCUAAUGGUGAUUCAGAUGAUUGCCUCCCUAAAUGCCUGUGAGAACAGAACUCUAGCUUACAAAAUAGAAGCCUUCCAGAGGCACUAUUUUCUCCUCCAUGAAGGAUUUACACUGUCGAUCCCGUUCCUCCUGUUCCUGGUGUCCACCGUCUUGCUCAUGGUCUCCCUGUGCCGGCACAUGGUGCGCAUGAGGGACCGCAGGCCCGGCCUCCGUGACCCCAGCUCCCAGGCUCACACCACGGCUCUGAAGUCACUUGUCUUCUUCCUUAUCUUCUAUACCUCAUAUUUCCUGUCCCUGUACAUUUCUACUAUGAAUCUCAAACUUCUCUGGGGUCACUGGCGCAUGGCCUGGGAGGUGUUCAUCUACUCCGGCAUCUGUCUGCACUCCACCAUCCUGGUGCUCAGCAGCCCCAAGCUGAGAAGGGCCCUGGAGACCAGGCUUCCGGCCCCGGCGCUGCGGGCUCGCAAGGCUUUGGAGGACCCUGGACGAAGGGUGGUUCCACUCUCCGGUUAUCAGUAUUGACAACCUGUCCCGGGGAUGAAGACUCCCAUGAGUGGCAAGAACGCAAAAGGUUUCAGGGAGUGCCUUUCUCUUUUCAUUUUCUGCGUUCUUUCCACUAAUUCUUUUUCCAUCCCUCUGUGUUCCUACUGUCCUCUCUGCUGCUGCUAGUCUCUAGUCUGAGUCCCACAUCACCCCGGCUGUAGCUGCUGGACUCAUUUCUUCACUGGCCCCUCUGGCUCUCUAUGCAACAAGCCUAACCCUGUUCUCCAAGCUUCCUUCUGGUCUGUAUUCCCUUCACGGAGACCCAUAACUGCCGUCAGCUGUCUUUGUGGGCAAGCUAAAGUUCGUCUGUUGACAGUGGCAUGGCUUGCCCAGCACCUUCCACCUGUGACACCACCUCUCCUCCUGUUCCUCGCUCUGCUCCCGGCUCAGUCUCCAUGGCAGCCCAGCAGAGCUUCUUCCCGUCUUCCCAGACGUCCUUCCCUUCUGCCUUGCUUCUCCGUCCCACCUGCAGCUUCCUCCUUCCUUUCUCUGCCUAUCUUUGUCAUUCUUUUGUGCCCUACUUAAGACUGAUCCCACUCAUGGAGCUUUUCCAGCUUGAUUCCAUGGAAGGGCGAGGGCAUACUUGAGUUUCAUGCCACCACAGGUCUCACGACUUCACGUGUUUGCUAUGUGUUGCAGUAAAAGGAACUGUCUGAUGUGGAAAUGCUUUUAGGUUUUGGCCAACAGAAGGUAGAUGGAAAAUGAAGAAAAUUCUCUACAAGUCUUAAUUUUGAUCUUCCUCUUCCUAUUCACGCACCCAGGAAUUUGGAUCCUGGUUGCUGCUGCCUAGGAUGACAAUAUCCAAACUGUUUGCAUCUCAGGACUUGUGCAAGGUGACCUGCUAGAUGUGGGAAGAAAAAUGUGGCAACUUCAAUUUCCAUUUAUUUUUAUCUCCUCCUUUUAUUACUG